AUGACGAGGCAACUCACGAAGACUCACCCACGCUACCAGCUGUUUGGCCCUACCACCCGCUGGGGAGCUAGGCCUAGAGCUCUGACAUACGUACGCAGGGACCUCCCCGCGUUCCCCCUCCCACACCCCGAUUCGCCCGAUAUCGCAGCAGUCUGCAUAUCCGGACUCACAAUAAUCAACACUUACCGCCCCCCAAAGGAUCUAAACACCAUCCUAGCCGGGGACUUCAACACCCACCACCCACUCUGGCAGCCGGAGACGGAGGCUCACAACACUACCCCAGGAGCAACAGCGCUUAUAGAGUGGCUGGAGGCCAACGGACUAGCCCUUUGCAUCGAGCCCGGCACCCCUACCCGCGGGCCAAACACCAUAGACCUCGUCUUCUCGGACAUCCCCACUGGCAGGAAACCCCCACCCCGCCGGAAGCUGGGCUCGACCGACUGGGAGAAGGCUAAGGCAUUACUCAACCUGCCGCAUAAGGACCUUCCUGUUGACGACAUAGCCGAAAAACUAGUCAACACCGUGCAAGAAGCCAUCCGAGGCGCAUCUAAAUAUAACACCCGCGGGCUCCCACGUACCCCUUGGUGGACGUCAGAGCUCACAGACCUGCUACGACAGACACGGCAGCAGCAGGCGCCCGACUACCUGCCACUUCGGAGAGCGGUUUCCCGCGCGAAGGCCAGCCACUGGAAGGAGCGGAUCGAGCACGCCACUUCACCCACAGACGCCUUCACACUCGCCAGAUUGCACAGGCGCGCAGACCAGCUCUCCGCUCCCCCUUUACAUAUCCGGAACGACCGGGUCACGACGCCACAGGGCAAGGCGGACACCUUCCUCACUCACCUCCUAGAGAAGGGAACCUCUCUCCCGCACCAGCAGGAGGAGGCCGUAGACCUAGUCCAGAUCCUUACCCAUAGGGUGGAGAGAGCCUUCCAGCAGAAGAAGGUGGCCUCGUUACUACUACUGGACGUGAAAGGGGCCUUCGACGCGGUUGAUCACCAGCGGCUCCUAUCCCACCUACGCCUCCAGGGAUGGGACGAAGGCCUUACCUCUUGGAUACACGACUGGCUAUCCGACCGCUCCGUUUCGGUCCAGGUCGGAGACGCUACCGCCACCGCAAAAAUAAGAGGAGGCCUCCCACAGGGGUCCCCGCUGUCCCCAGUCCUCUUCCUCCUAUAUGCGGCGCAGAUAGUCUCCUCGCAAGAUAACUCCUUCUGCUACGCGGAUGACCUAGGGCUACUGUUCGUCGGGGACUCCCUCGAGGAGACAUCCCAGCAGCUAGUAGAAGUAUACAAAACGAUCACCCUAUCUGGAGCAGCAUCAGGUCUCCCAUUCUCCCUAGAGAAGACGGAGAUACAACAUUUCUCGAAGCAGCGGAAGCUGUCCGCGCCUACGGUCACUCUACCAGGGGUAGGCGAGAUUAAGCCAUCCCCAUAUACCCGUUGGUUAGGCAUCUUACUGGACAGCAAGCUCACCUACCGACCACACAUCAACUGGGUCUUCAGCCGGGGCAAGCAGCUCGCACUACAUCUCCGGAAACUCAGCAACACCCAGCGAGGAUGCCCGGUUGCCUCUAUGCGCGCAGCGGUCAUUCAGUGCGUGAUACCGACAGCGUUAUACGGCGCGGAGGUCUUCUACACCGGCCGAGGGCAGAAGGGCCUCAUCGACUCCCUACGCUCCCUACUCCGGCUCGCUGCUCUAGCCAUUCUUCCAGCUUACAGAACAACCCCUACCUCAGCGCUACUCCGCGAGGCAGACCUACCCUACCCGGAAGCCCUCCUCGACGGCGUCCUCCAAAGAGCAGCAGUCCGAUACGCGAGCCUAGACGCUAGGCACCCGAUCGCGAGAGUUACCAUCGAUGCAUACGAUACUAAAGGGACGAGACUCACCAGAAUCCUCCAACGCGUCCCAACGCCGGCACCGGAGAGAGCACGUGUAGAGUCACGUCUCCCACCGCUCCGCAUACUACCUACUACAGACGCAAACAAGGCCGCAUACGCACCAGCACCGCUACGGUUAACGGUCUACUCGGACGGCUCACGCACUGGCCAAGGGGCUGGGUACGGGUUCGUGGUCUACUACGGCUCUAUCCCUAUCACCCAAGGGUAUGGGCCAGCUGGCUCCCAGUCAGAGGUGUACGACGCCGAGAUUAUGGGCGCAGUAGAGGGCCUCCAGGCGGCUGUCAACCUACCCUGUGCAAGCUACUCCACCGGCCUCGUUGUCCUCCUCGAUAACCUCGCUGCCGCUAGCUUACUCGCGGACGGGAGGCCUGCGCCACACAGACGAAAACUCACGGACUUAUUCCAAAAGCUUACUACCCAGUGGGAAUCCGCUCCCUAUAUCCUCAGCACACCCCGCACGCCCGUGGAGGUGCGCUGGAUGCCAGGCCACUCUGGGAUAGCAGGGAACGAGACUGCCGAUGAGCUAGCAAAGAGGGGCGCAGCGUUAGACGGCUCCCAUAUUCCCCCUUCCCCAUCUUACCUUGUGCGCGAAGCAAAACAACAUAUCCGCACGGCAACGCGUGCCGCGUAUACCAGAGACGCACCUCAGGCAUACCGAGACCUAAAUAUCCAACCUCACACCAAGAGCAGCCGCGCUCGGGAACACAGGCUUCCCCGCGGGGUGCUCGGCCGGCUGCUAGCCGCACGGACUGGCCAUGGUGACUUCCAGGUAUACCACGAGAGGUUCCAUCACAGGGACUCCCUUACGACCUGCUCCUGCGGUAAGCCAAAAUCCCCCGUCCACUUCUUCUUCUGCCCGCCUGCGAGGAAACGCUGGAAGGAUCGAUGGAAAGGCCGAAAGGCCAGCCCAUCUGCAAGGAUAAACUGGAUACUGAGCACAGCUGCUGGGGCCGAGGAAUUCGGCCGUUUCGUGCAAGAAACGUUCUUCUUCAAGGACAUCUGCCCAAAUCGGGCACAAACAUGCGCCGCAUAG